AUGUCUUCAUUCUCUUUAGCCUCAUCACUGCACCUGAUCUUCAGGCCAGCAACUCACUUCAUUUCUUUCUCAGACCAGUCUCUGACUUCAAGCAGUGCAGUCCUUCUCUUUGCUAUGAUCAGUUUUCAAGACUCUGCUACAACUGUAUAUACUCUGAUGUCCAGCUUCUCUGAAGUCUGUACAUUUCUGACAGUCUUCACAUCAAAUGUAACAAUUAUUCUUAGUGAAGAUCAUGUCAUUCUGACUUAUCAGAAUUCACAGUAUGAAAGUUAUGUCUCAGCUUCUGUAGAUAUCUUAUCUGCUCAGAUAAUUCUCAAGUGA